GGCCUUCCGUCGUCUGUCGUUAUUUUUGUUUCAAACUUUCAAUGCUUGGUCUGUUCUAACAAUUUUUCAAAACGACACCUUUUUAGCCUUAAAAUUUUCAUUGCAUUCUUUCAUUGAUAUGGAGGAAAGUUUUAUGGUAUCAGUAUUUGAUGCUCACAAGGAUAACUUGCAGUUUGUCUGGCCAAGUAUUGUAUGUUCAAUCCAAAACGCGUCUUUCAUAGCUGUUGACUGUGAAUUGAGUGGUCUGGGAAGUAGAAAAUUGAUAAAUUCCCAAGCUGUUGAUGACCGUUACAAAAACAUAAGUGAAGUAGCCAAAACACGAUCCAUCAUUUCUUUAGGGCUGAGUUGCUUUAAACUGUCAGAGUGUGAAAAAACUUUAAAUUUUAGUGUACAAACUUUUAAUUUCAUGGCAUUAUGUGCCGAAGACUUUUUAGUUGAACCAUCUGCUCUUCAGUUUCUUGUCACUCAUGGAUUUGAUUUCAACAAGCAAUAUUCUCAAGGUGUCCCAUAUAAUAGAGGAAACGACACCAGUGUGAAGGGAAAAUCAAAGAAAAACACAUGGGACCUGCGGGAUCUAUUUACUGUAAUGGUUUCAGCUAAAGUUCCUCUUGUUCUUCACAAUGGACUCGUAGAUUUGGUUUUCUUGUACCAAAAUCUUUAUGCUGAUCUACCGACGAAACUUUCGUCUUUCCUUGCCGAUUUAGAGAUGAUGUUUCCCAGUGGAAUCUAUGAUACAAAAUUCGUUGCCGAAUUUUCGCUUAGAACAAGCGCAUCAUUCUUAGAAUAUAUAUUCCGAAGCCACCAGGUAAAGAACAUCAAUCUGAAGAAUUCCUGCCGUCCUCAUGUGAUCUGCAAUCAUACAUUAAUAGAAUCUGAUUUUGUCGACUUUUGGGAUUGUUCUCCGCGAUUACAACAUGAAGAAGACAUGGAAAUUUGUACAAAUUACAUUAAUCAUGGCUUUUGCAACAGUGCGUCGAAUUGCAAGAAAUCGCACGACGUCUAUCGUGCCGUUCUACUCGAAGAACAAAAGAAAACCAAGAAACGUAAACGAAAGGAUGAAAGCCAAGUUGUCAGCUUUGAAGCGAGUCAUGUUAUGUCGAUCAUCGAGUCUCCUCGCCAAGAACGCUUCAGAGGACAUCGAGCUGGUCACGACGCUUUUAUGACAGGUUUCUGUUUUGCUUCCUUUAUAGCCCAGCGAUCAUCAACUUCGCUAGAAAACGUCCACGCGGUUCGCUGGAAAAAUCUUGUGGACCGAAUUGUUGAUGUUCGGAAUCGUGUAUGUCUUAGUGGCAAAGACUUUCCUCUCGUCAUUCAAAAAAGUGCCUUCUCCAAAUGUUCGAAGUCUCAUUUGGAGAAAUACGAACGGCUGUUUCCCGGGAAAAAAAAUUACUUCUAAUACCUCAUUGUUCCCUUGAAGACCUUACUUUGGGUCAAUUAUUACUCGAUGUGAUAAUUGCGUCAUAAAGAAUUUUCAAAAAUUGUUGUUUUAAACCAAAAGAAGUUUAAAAUUUAAACGAAUUACACAUAACCAGUUGCCUAUGGAAACCUAAUCCGGGCGACGAAUAACGGCGAAUAAAUUGAAAAGAAGGGAAAAAAACAAAAACAAAAAAGGGGCGCCUCGAAUUCGAAACGCCACGGGCAGACUCUUCAUCAAGUAAAGCGAGUAGGCUACAAGUGAUAUUCGAAAUACCAACUUAUGCUUACAUCUUUAAAUUUGUGUUACACUAAAUUUUACUCAUUAUCCUCGC